CUUCCUUCUGAAUGCUAGCAAUCACCGGGCGAUAAGUGUUCACUAAGUUCAAUCGGCGAUUCAGGUGUCGUUUGUAACGGUUUUUUACUACAUGUGCUGCGAUAAAUGUUAUCUUGAAAAGUCGAAAUCUUCACUAAUUCUGCUCGGAAUCCAAUUGCGUCGUAUUGAAAGUGUGUGAAUCAAAUAUUGUAUCCAUAAAGCUAAACAACACAAUAGCUGCAUGAGUCGCAAUUAAGAAACAGCUAAUCAUUGUGUAAUUUUACGUGGAAAAGGAUUAAAUUUCAACAUUUCAAGAUCCUUCACUCAAACGGAUCGGCGCUAGAAGCUAUGCGGUUUAACAUGGGUGAAGGAUGUUUCGGUUCUAGAGCUUGAGUUAAUCUGUUGAACGAGAGUGUUUUUUUCCUGCUGAGUUAAAUGGAAUGAUACGAGAGUAGUACUUGCUGUACUGUGCUGUACUGUGUAUUUGACGAAAAAAAGUGAUUUGUGCCCACUUACACCCCAUCCAAAGUUAAUUGAAAACGAUACCAUUCCCAUCGGCGUGAUGUAAGAGAAUUUUGGAAUGAUAGAAACAUCACACAUAAUUUAGUCCCAGUCAUCAAGAUUUUAAUCCUUCCGUGGAAAACUUGGCUGAUCCGAAAAUGAAUGCCGCAGAACGAAUCCAAACCUUCAAGCAUUGAGAGUCCUAUAUCUGUGUACCUGACUCUUACAUGAUUUGAAAACAUUGGACAUGAUUCGUCAAAAUGAAGAUUGCGAUCGACGGCAUCACCAAACAUUAGACAGUAGUGCUUAUUGAUUUCUCCUUCCCAAAACGAUGCUAAGUGAUGAACUGUUUUCAUCGCAUAAUAGCAGCUUCAACAGUUUCAACAAUACCAUACAUCAUGAAAACAUCGAGCUUGUCAACUAUUCUUUCGUGUACAAUUAUGAGGAAAAUUCUCCCUAUUUCUCGGUUUACAAUAUCAGCAAUAGAACCAAAGCGCCGGAGUCGGCCUUUGUUCUUCCGGUGUGGCGACAAGUGCUAUGGAGCGUCUUGUUCGUCUGCAUGGUCAUCGUAGCGACUGUUGGCAACUUGGUCGUCGUUUGGAUAGUGCUAGCCCACAAGCGGAUGCGAACGGUGACCAACUACUUCCUGGUGAAUUUGUCGAUAGCUGAUGCCAUGGUAUCAACGCUAAACGUCACAUUCAAUUACACCUAUAUGUUGAAUCUCGACUGGCCCUUCGGGACUCUCUAUUGUAAAAUAUCACAGUUUGUAGCAAUACUCAGCAUCUGUGCGUCAGUUUUCACCUUGAUGGCAAUAUCAAUAGACAGAUACGUUGCCAUAAUGAGUCCCUUAAGACCCCGAAUGGGAAAAAGAACCACUCUCUGUAUAGCUGCGGCAAUUUGGGUUGUAGGAAUCAUUAUCUCGAGCCCGAUGCUGCUAUUUUUCACCACCUAUGACUUGGAGGACAGAGUGGUGUGCUACGCGGAGUGGCCUGAUGGACCCACGAAUCAUUCACUUCAGGAAUAUGUAUAUAACGUAAUUUUCAUGUUUUUGACAUAUUUCUUACCGAUUGGAUCAAUGUCGUUCACGUAUGCGAGGGUUGGCUUGGAGCUGUGGGGAUCAAAAAGCAUCGGAGAGUGUACGCAGCGACAACUGGAGAACAUCAAAAGCAAACGGAGGGUGGUGAAAAUGAUGAUGGUUGUGGUCAUUAUUUUCGCAGUAUGUUGGCUGCCAUUCCAGAUAUACUUUAUCGUUACAUCAUACUAUCCGGAAUUGACCAACAAAUCUUACAUCCAGGAGGUGUAUCUUGGCAUCUACUGGCUGGCGAUGAGUAACUCGAUGUACAAUCCUAUUAUCUACUGCUGGAUGAACUCACGAUUUCGGCGUGGCUUUCAGCAAUUUUUUAGGUGGUGUCCAUUCAUCCGGAUCAGUCCGGACAUGUUGACACGUAGAGGUGCAGUUACUUCUCGGUAUUCAUGUUCCGGAUCGCCGGAUCACAAUCGCAUCAUUCGGAAUGAUACCGAGCGGUCCUUUCUGUACACAUGUCACGGAUCUCCAAAGCUGAAGCGAAGGUCCCAAGGAUCUGUCCACAUUCCGUUACAUCUAUCAACAUGCCAACCUCACCAGGCAACCGGCUCGACUUCCAUUUCGCAAAAACAUUUAUCGAGGAAUGAAAAUUUUCCAGUUCGAGCAAAUACCAUGACAUCUAGCUGCAAUGACUAUCGGUAUCCGGAUUCCUACUAUCGCCACCAUCAUCUUCAUCAUCAUCACCACCACCACCAGAACCAGCAGCGGUGGAGCGAUAGAAAUAGCACCAUGGCACUCGUCGGCACUGGCCCUGGCCCUGGUCCUGAUUAUGGCCCUGAUUCAGGUGGUGAUACGUUCGGUAUCGGUGGAAGCCCGGGGACAUCCGCCGCCGUACAAACUGCUCUAGUAAGCAAUCUCAAUAGCUCGGACAACAACAGCACCCUUGACUCCGUCAAUGAUACUUCAAAUAAAGGCGGCAAUGCCAAUGGAUUGCUGUCUUGAUUUGUUAGAUGAAUGAAUGAAAAUAAACAUUUUUGAUAUUUCUCACGUGUUGAAGUGUAAAACCACA